UGUCCUCGCAUAUAAACAUAUUUAAUAAUAUAUUCAAUUUUAAAAAUAAUAAAUUCAAUUUUUCUGUUCGGGAUCAAUGCAAUUGUGUCCAACGUAGCUUCAAAAGCACGAAGUUUGGUCGAAAAUGUGAACACAAAUAAGGUAGAGUGCUUCAACAGCGUAAUAGCAAAAUUUACUGGAGGCAAAAGAAUAAAUUUUGCUUUAAAAGGUGGCUACCAAGGAAGGUGUGCAGCCGCCGUUGUUUCGUUUAACACGAAAGCUGCAGUAUCAACAAUCCAAACUGCUUUAACAGGUAACACUUCUGGAGGUAAAGCAAAAGAAAUUGAAGAACGACGUGCAAAAAAACGAAAAUUAAAUAUGGAAAACCCAGUAAAGAAACGAAGAGUGCUAAAAGAUUUAAACAAUGGGCUAAACGACUAUGGUUCAACCUGUUCAGCGCCUGAUAUGUCGCCAAAAGAAUACGAAACAGCAAAGAAAGAAUUUCUAAAAAAUUUAGAAACUGUUACAUCUGACAAACACAAGGUAGAAAGAUCUACGAUACUGCAGAGAGACAGCGGUGAGUGGCUUGAAAUCAGAAAAAGCCUAGUAACUGCUUCAAACUUAGGCCUUAUAUGCAAAAGAAAAGUAACCUCAAGUACAGCUCCUCUCGUAAAAAACUUACUUUACAGAAAAAAUUUGGCCCAUGUCAUGACUGUUGCACACGGAGUCGAGCAUGAGCAACAAGCUUUGCAGCAAUUACAACAGCAGGAAGGUGUUAUCAUUGCACCCUGUGGUUUAUUUAUUGACAAAGAUUACCCUUUUAUAGGGGCAACGCCUGACGGCUUAAUUGGACAUGAUACUAUUGUCGAAGUCAAGUGUCCAAUUGCAGCAUAUAAAAAAGGACUUUCUACUGCAAUAGAAGAAAACAAGAUACAAAUUUUAAAUUGUCUAGGUGAUGUACAAAAUAGGUCAACAUCGAACUGCAUAGAAACGGCAUUGAAAAACCUACUCGCUCGCAUCAGGUAG